CAGCCUCUCUAUGUAGGAUGAGGGACACUGGGUGUUUCAGUUGGGUUAGAUUUUGUUCUUCUGUUUUCAUUAGUAUUAUUGUUUGCUAAAUUAAAAAAGACUCAGCCGCCUAAACAGAUAAGAAGAGUCAUCCAGUUGGAAACACUAACUGCCUUAUUUCCUGCAACAAUCAGCCCCACUGUUUCUAAUUGGCUGUGGUGGCGCCCCCUCCUUCUCCUCCUCCCCCUCUCCGGUUUAUUGUCACUGACAGUUGGAUUAUUCCCUCAGAGCAGCAGCAGCCUCCUUCCUCUCCACAGAACAUGCGGACUCUAAGUAAGGAUUUAUAAUUUCCCGCAGCAUCUCGGUUCCCUGCACGGACUUUAUUCCAGGGAUGCUGCUACGCCCUCACACCUGAGCAAUCAGCUUGAAUGAGAAACGGAGGAAGAAGGACGCUUCCCUGUCUACCACCAGUUUGACCAGUCCAGUCCAACCGUCAGAAUCCCAAACACCAAACCUGUUGUUUCCCCCGACUUUAUUCGGGGCUUUUUAAGCAUUCCUCAGCGGGUUCUUCCAAAACAUUCUCUGUGGUGUUCUGCACAGCUCCACUCGCCUCGGGGCCUUGGACCUUCAUGCGUCUCCUAGCAGCAGAGUCCACCCACACCUUCACCCACCACACCACCACCCAUACCAUGAGCUGUGAACAGGAGUUUGGAGACGGGGCCAUGGGGGUCACGCUCACGUUGCGCCUUCUCAUGCACGGAAAGGAAGUUGGGAGCAUUAUUGGAAAGAAAGGAGAAACCGUGAAGAGAAUACGAGAAGAGAGCGGUGCCAGGAUCAACAUUUCAGAGGGUUCCUGUCCAGAGAGGAUCAUCACCAUCACAGGUCCGACGGACUGCGUGUUCCGAGCUUUCACCAUGAUCACCUUCAAACUGGAGGAGGACUUGGCAGCUCUGGUAGCUAACGGCACAGUGACCAGCAAACCUCCGGUCACCCUACGGUUGGUCAUCCCAGCAAGCCAGUGUGGUUCCCUCAUCGGGAAAGGUGGAUCAAAGAUCAAGGAGAUCAGAGAGACUACAGGCGCCCAGGUUCAGGUAGCCGGUGACCUCCUCCCCAACUCCACAGAGAGGGAGGUGACGAUAUCAGGAGGCCAGGAUGCCAUCAUCCAGUGUGUUAAACUCAUCUGCACCGUUAUUCUGGAGUCUCCACCAAAGGGGGCAACCAUUCCGUACCGGCCCAGUCAGACUCCAGGUACUGUGCUGCUGGCUGGAAACCAGGUGUUUGAUGCUUCGGACUUUGGAUCUCACCCCCUGUUCUCGGUGGCACAGGGAGGAUUGGACCUGCAGCAGACAUAUGCAGUCCAAAGCCACUACGGUUUCCCACAUUCAGAGUUAUUGAAACUGCAGCAGCUGUCGAUGCAGCAACAGGGCCUGGCGUCCAUCAGCCAGUCAGCUACAGUCCUGCCUGGAGCAGUCGAAGCAAAUUCUCAAACCGCAUCUCAGGAGCUCCUCAUUCCAAACGAUCUGAUCGGAUCAAUCAUCGGACGCCAGGGCACCAAAAUAAAUGAGAUCCGGCAGGUGUCAGGAGCUCAGAUCAAGAUCGGCAGUCAGAUCGACAGCAGCAGCGACCGUCACGUGACCAUCACCGGGACGCCGAUUGCCAUCAACCUGGCUCAGUAUUUAAUCAGUUCAUGUUUAGAGACCGCCAAAUCCACCGCCCAGUCCUCCUCCAUGUCGUCUCCUGUUGACCUGACCAUGAGCUUCACCCAGCCCGCCCCCCCUGCCUCUGCCUCGUCCUCCUCCUCCUCCCCCCUGGCAGCGAUGGGUGCGGCACUGCCCCACGCUCCAAUCCUGGGCGCUCCCUACGCCCUUCCCCUCUCCAGCCUCCUGGGAGUGAAAUCCAUCCCCUACCUGGCACUGUCCACCCCUCCCGCCUCAGCAGCAGCGGCGGCGGCAGCAGCGGCCGCCAUCGGGGCACCGGUGUUACAGAGCUCGGUGCAGCAAGCGGCCACAGCGGCAGUUCCUGUCUCAGCUCACGCGGCGGCUGCACUAGCAUCCUACACGGCUAAGAUCUCUUCAGCCAAUGGGAUGAAGAAGCCAGAGAGACAGAAGUUUUCUCCAUACUGAUGAAGGAGGAGAUGCGUGUCAGAGGUAGCUCCUGGGCUGCUCUUCAAACUGAAAGGGCCUUUCCCCUCCACAACUCUGAACUCUGUCACAUCCUUUUUCCAUCUCUCUCUCCCAUCUCUUUUCUAUCCUUCCUGGUCAGUAGCAAAUAUCACUGUGGGAUUAUUGGAACAUGCAUGAUUUCACUAUAAUGCAGAUUAUAGGAACCAAGAAAGUGCAAAAAUGUGCAGCAGUUGUAGAAUUAUGUGAAAAAAGAAGCAAGAUUAAGAUUUGGGUGAUUUUUGGAGAUCGGAAACAACAGCCUGUUGUGAGGUCUGAUGCAUAUGGGGUUCCUGACUGUUUUUAUUUCUAAUUUUAGCUUUUAGCAUAAAAAAAAACAAAACAUCUUGAUCAAAAGUGUUAAAAAUAUCAACCUACACUGAUGAUACGAAGGAUCCUUUAAAACCUGACAAUCGUCAUGUAGCUGCAGUGGUUACAUCUCAGGGUCACUGAUUCUGGACCCCCCCCCCCCCCCCCCCCCCCCAUUGUAUAUGAUGUCACCCUGAUGGAAACCAAUAAUAAAGAAAACACAUUCCUUCAUAUUCAGACAAACCUGUGGAUGCUUGUUAUGCUUUGUUUUUGCACACAGUAUCCAGGCGAACAUUGGAACAGAACCUGAUCCAUGUUCUGCUCUUUACUGUUAACUAAAUCCAGUUUAAAGACUUUUGGUUCAGUUCAAUUCAACAAGGCUGCUUAAUGGUCUGACAGCUGUCUGCUCUGUUGAGGUUCUGAUUUCCUGCUGGGUCGAUGUUCUCUUUGUUUGAAUUUUUGAUUAUCCCACAGUCCAAAAAAAUAUGAGCAGGUUAAAUAAAGAUUGUAAUUGUCUUGCUGAGGUCUUGGUGUGUGCAUAAACUGGUUUCUGUUUUCCAUUUUUCAGACCAGUUUGAGGUUAAUUGUUUUAAAGUUUCUGUUGGGUAAAAGGCUCUGACAUCUGGAACAGAAAAUAGAUAUAUUUCAUCCAAAAACAGCAGACUGAUGCGGGCCUGACAACAGAGACCUAAUUAGACUCAAUCCACUCUUCUUCAGUAGCCAUAUUGAAACUGAAGAUUGGAGAAAAAUACAAACUCAUCUGGUGGAUUUUUAUAUCAGUAGGUAUUAAAAUGAUAAGUAAACUAGGACUUGAUCUUCUGCUCCUUCAGGGAAAUCAAAUAUGAUGUUAAAUUAUAAUUUUUUUUCUACUGACCAGAAGCAUCCAUUGGUUUGUCUGGGAUGUCAGAAUCUGCAUCUUUUUAUUUUCCAACAAUCCCACAACUUCAGUUUCUCCAGUGUUGCUCCUUUCUGUGUCCCUGUUUGUUUCAGCAGCUCAGAGAGCGUCCGGAGUUUGCAGCCUGUAAAAGCCAUAAAGACUUUUCAGCUUUUCUUCUUCUUCUUCUUCUCCGUGUACUGCUCUUUAUCCCACUGUAUACUCGUAUAUUUAUUAUUAACUGUUAUGAAAUAUUCUCUCGGAGUUUCUAUCACUGAUCACUAACACUGAGCUGACUUUGUAUACGUUGUAAAUGUCCUUCCUGCUUCGUGUCACGUUGGGUUUUUGUUGUAAAGAUUUUUUAAGUUCUUUUUCUUUAUCUGCCUGUUUCAGGUUUAUUUAAGUUAUUUUUUAACUUAUUAAGAGAAGUAUUACAGUUACGGGUUUAGAUGAAAUUCUGUUCCAAUAUGACUGUAAAUCU